GUCCAGAAGUUUGUCCGCGCUGGCUUACCAUCCCUGUGGAGGCUUCAUGCCAUUGUCUCGUUGUCAAAAACAGUCUGUGUAGUCGGAAACUUUGAAACUGGGUAAUUAUAGUUCAGAUACUGCCAAAUCUAGUAUGAGCUUGUGAGAAAUGAGAUUUUUCGAGUAGCCCUAAUAUGCAACAAGUAGCUGAACAUACAAAAGAGAGAGCAUUUGUAGAGAAGUGAAGAGCGCAGAGCAGGUGUUGCUGGAUGGCAUGAGUUGUUGAGCAGUGCCAGCAGUCAUGGCAGAGCUGGAGGUGGAUCAGUCCAACCUGCCCAGAGUCCAGGAGGUGUGCCAGUGUUUUGCUGUACUAGAGGAUGGAGCUCUAGCUCAUAACCUGCAGGAGCAGGAAAUUGAGCAGUAUUACAACUCAAAUGUGCAGAGGAAUCAGCUGGUGCAGAGGGACAUCAGAGUAGCCAAGAGACUCCAGGAUGAGGAGGAGCAGAGAGCUCAGAUGCUUCAGGAACAGGCCACUCGCCAACUGGAGGAACGGGACUCGGAAUACGCACACAUGAUUCAGGAGGAGAUCCAGCGGCGUGCGGAGGAGGCUCUGAGGAGGGAGGUGGAGGAUGAGGAAAUUGCAAAAAGGAUACAGGAAGAGGAAGAGCUUUGUGUGAGACACCGGAGCAGUUACCAAAAUAAAGAUGGUAGAGAGUCCACAAGCAUUCCUGCUCGUCCAUACUCACCCCACGCUCCUCACAAUCGGUCUCCAACUAGAAGAUGGCAGCUCUCCUCUUCACCCACCUACUCAGACUCUGAGGAGGAACUGAUUGAGUACAGCAGGCCUACAGUGAUACGGCAGGAUAGCAAACUCACUGUAGGCCAGAGGAAGCUGGUCAGAAGACCUUCCAGAGCUCAUUUAGAGCAGGACAACAGGAGCGUGACCAGCCAGAGCAGCAGCAGCAGAUCCUCACACCUGUCAGGUGGAUGGGGUGAUGUCAUCAAGCUCAUAAAGAAUGACAUGAGCGAGCAAGGCUACCUCAGCCACAGCUCUGAGGAUGAUCUCUUUGAACCCGUCUAUAAACUUGAGAAAAUAUUGCGACAGAAGCAGCAGGUCCCGGGAAAGAGAAUGAGUCGCCACAGCAGUAUGAGGGAGGAUCAUAGCAGAACGUGGCAGGGAGACAGUUGCGGUCAUAGGGAGAGUUUUAGGGAAAGGCAUGUUCAUUUCCCGGAUGAACGGAGGUGCAGUCGUGGCAACAGUUGUAGGACCAGUGAAAAUGGUUACAGUGACACUAGGGAAAGAGUUCAGUGUUCAACAGGGAUAUUAAGGGAUGAUCACACACACCUCAGAGAAACUGCAGGUCUCCAGACUCAAGCUCAGGUGUUUCGACGGAACAUUUCAAUGCGACGUAGUUAUCAUGGUAAUGUCAGGCGGACAUCAGUGCGUGAGGGAAGCAGAACAUGCAGCGUAGAUGAUUCUAACUUGACUAGAGCAAGACUCUCAAAUAAUGCCCCCUCACUGCGUCCUAGAGCACCACAGUUGAUGGAGGUGGAGGACCGUUUGAGAGAUACAGGGAGGUUGGAGAUGAUGAGAGCCAGAAACACACGCCAGAGAGCUAGAUCAUUAGCCGAGGACGAAAGGAGGAUAGAAGGGGACCACAGGCGUGGAGAUAGUAGAGUGAGGCGAAGUCAAAGCGAGCGCUGGCAGACCUUUGAGGAAGAAAGAUCAAGCACAGAGGAAGAGAUGGAGAGGGAGAGCAGGAGGGAGGAGAGACGGAUGCAGAAACGCCAGUCUUCCGGAGCAGGAUCUGCUUUUAGGAGUGGAAUGGCUGCUCUUGACUUGGGAGAUCUGGAGCAAGUGCUGCUGGAUGAGGAGCUGGCCCGCAGGCUUCAGGAAGAGGAGGAGAGAUUGGCCGAAGAGACUCAGCAAGGUUCCUCUCCUCUUAGAAGGGACUGUCCUGUUGGAGACUUCAGAGCGGCACAGGUUGCUCAAGAUGAGGAAAUUGCACGUUUCAUGCAGAAACAGGAGAUAAAGGCUAAACGGAGAUCUCGUGAGCUGGAACAUGCUGGACCUGGGCGGGAAUACAGGGAGAAUGACAGGAGAGCAGCAUGUGACAGACAGAGGCAGAGACUGGAUUCUGAAGGACUUCAGUCCCCAGUUGAUGACUCUACGCCAAGUCAAAAUUCCAUGACAAUGCAAUCGCAAGCCAUCAGGAAUAUUGCAGAAGAGCUGGACCCCACUUUUCAAAGGAAGGAUGCAGAUGAAGCAGGACAAAUUAAUGGUCCCUGUCAAAAUCAAACUUCACAAGUAGGCUUGUACAAUCCCUUGGAAGAACCUACUUUCGUGCCACCCACGAAACGACAGAGUGACAAACUGGGACGAGUAAAGCCCAAGGAGAAAAAGGAAAAUGCAAAACAGAAAGAGAACUGCAAGCAGCAGUGAUGUUGGACAUAUAAGCAUGUGAAAUCAACUAUAAUAACGAAUUCAUGACCAUUAAAGAUAUGCAUGUAUGUUCCAACAGUUUGGGGCUUUCCAGUCUUCUGCUUUCUCCGAGACUUGUGGGAUACAUUUUAACCAACAAAUCGACUUGAACUUGCAAAACAGGGACACUCCAUCCAGAUAAUGCUGCUACUACUAGUGAACAUCUGUUUAGGUCAUGUCUUGGUUUUUUGGUUUAUUUGUUUCAUUAUUGUUUAGCAGGCUAGUGUCACCACCAUGGGAAAGCUCCCUCUAUAAGUACUUGGAAUUACACAUUUGACUUCUGGGAAAACCUGAAAUGAUAUUACGCUUUGAUAAAGGAAGUUGGCACAUGGUUGAGUUUACAUCUGGAGUUUUCUGCAUGACUGUUAAUCUCUGAAGAUGUCCAAGCGGGCAUUCUUUUAGAAUUUCACGUACCUUUUUUUCUGUAUUCCAGGAACUACACCAGUCUUAAUUUGCCUAAAGUGGUUUUUUUUUUUUUUUUUUUUUUCUCCAUAUUAUGUAAGGCUCUAAUUUGUAAGAAGUUACAGCCUUUUUUUGCAAAAAACAAAUCAUGCAUUCAUAAUGAAAAAAUGUUUACUAUUCAUAACAUUAUUACUAAUAAUAUUUAGUGGUUUACUCUCUGGCUUGAGUUCCUUUUUUAUAGUGUACAUCAGCAUAUAUUCUAUAUAUGUAUAGUUUUACAAGGCUGGAGGAAAUGAAACUCAUUUUUGUGUAUUUUUGUUCUGCCACCAUUAUGUUUCUAUUAUAUUCAGCACUGUUAUGACAAUGUGUUGUCAUGAAUCAGUAUGCCACCUUCAAUGCCUAUAUAAAGUUUAAAAAAGGCUUUGUACAGAAGACAUAAAAUUACAAUAUUAUUGUUCUGGAUGUAUAUCAGUAAACACUUUUUAAUAGUGUGGAUUUAAAUUUGGACAGUAGAUACAGAGGUUAAGACUUUCCCCAAUUACCAACAAAUUCAUGCAAAUCUCGCGGGAAGCACCUCAAACAUCAAGUUUCAUCAAGACCUCUUCCUACAAAGCGAAACUUGUGUGUAGAAAAGGGAUUUUUUUUCUCUUUUGUAAGAGGUUGUUUUAUAAACAGGAUUAUUCUGUACAGGGCUUUGCAUAGUAGAACCGUGGUGACGCAUAAAGUGACACAUUAAACAGGGUGACCUUUUUGACCGUUGAAUACAGCUUCGCAUCAUCAUAGCACUCGCCCACCAGCUGUUCCAUUCCAUCCUAACUGCUGUUAUGAUUAUAAUGCCUUGACAAAACAUCUCCCUGGAGAUGUUUUUUUUUUUUGUGGAAGCACAGUGAUUUAACAUGUCAGCACAUGUAAGAGUUUGCUUAAGGUAAGAUGUGGGAGGAAAAUGAAACCGGUAUGAUUCAUCGUACUGUAAUUCCUAGGUGCACUAGGUUAGUCGCGUUACAGGCGCUGAAUAUUUCUUCAAAGCUGGUCAUCAGGGAACUCCCACUGAGUCACCCAACGAUGUAAAAAUAUACAGUUCAUUGAACAGUUUAUCUUUUUUUUUUAGAUUAGAUCAUGUUAUAUAUGUGAAGUCUAAGAAUUCAAAUCAGGUUUCAACUGGUUUAUUGACCUCUGUUCUCUGGAACAGUUUAAAAUACACUUACAGGAAAUCUUUAAUAACUGGUUUAAUGGCCUCAAUAUCUGCUCCAUACACAUUCCUAACACAUGGAUUAUAUGGUCCCUUAGGGCAAGGGCUUUUGUUUUACAGCAUACAGAAUAAAAUGUGCAACAUGCUA